UCUUAUAACGGAGGUGAGUCUUCAAUCUCAAAAAGUUAUUCGCAAGAUACAUAGUAUUUAAUGACACAAUUACAUAGAAAUAUUUGAUCGAUUAUCCAUUUUGUGCUUGGGGAUCAAAAUGGAUGGUCUCAAACUUUUAGGUUUUAUUUAGAUUAAUUAUGAAAUAAUGAGGAAAAUGAAAAAUAGCUUAAUUAAGUUGCCUCUCCAUGCCAAUGUUUGCUUGAUAAGAGAGCUAAAGAGGGUUAGAUCAGUAUGUUUGAGAUUCCAUUAAGGAGCUUAAAAUUUGGUUUUAGUAUAUAAAAAAUUGUGCCAAGCAAAAAUUGGUAAAAAAACUUAAGAAGCAUUUCUUUGACUUUUUUGCUUUUUUUAAUUUUUUUUAUAGAUAAAAGUUUUAUUUUCCAAUGCAAUCCUGAAUACACUGUUAGUAUGGAUAGCUUGUUUACAAGCCUCGAUAAGUAAAUAAUGCAUCCACUGAUACAUAUUUAAUUAGCUCAAGGUCGUUGAGAAGUAUAUAUAGAAUCGAGCUCAAUCUAAUUGAAAGCCUGGACACAUAAAUGCUGGAAGGGGGUUUAUUGUGUUGCUUUUAUUUCUUCUUAAGCAUGGCCCUAGGUGAGAUUUUUUUAUGCAAUUUCAUUAAUUAAUUAAAUUUUCUUUUCAUAAUUUUUGCAGUUAUUACAAUUUGGUUUCUACUGUUUAUGACCAUCAACUGGGGAGUGCUCCAUGCAGCAGCAAAAAUGAUACUGGGGACUCCAUUUGUGAUUGCAUUCUUGAUAUAUAAAUGGAAGAGGAGGCAUUUAUCAAUGUAUGAUGUUGUUGAAGAAUUUCUACAAAGUCACAAUAACCUCGUGCCAAUAAGGUACUCUUAUUCCGAAAUUAGAAAGAUUACCAAAAAUUUCAAGGAUAAAUUGGGCGAAGGAGGCUAUGGCACUGUAUUUAAAGGUACGCUUCGAAGUGGUCGCCAUGUGGCUAUAAAGAUGUUAAGUAAGUCCAAAGCUAAUGGAGAAGAUUUUAUAAGCGAAGUUGCAACCAUUGGAAGGAUUCACCAUGUUAAUGUAGUGCAACUCAUUGGUUUUUGUGUUAAAAGAUCAAAACGGGCUCUAGUAUAUGAGUUAAUGCCUAAUGGUUCCCUGAAUAAAUUUAUAUUUUUGUCAGAAGAAUGCACACUCCUAAGCUAUAAUCAAAUGUAUGAUAUAGCUUUAGGAGUGGCUCGUGGGAUUGAAUAUUUACAUCAAGGAUGUGACAUGCAGAUUUUACAUUUUGAUAUCAAGCCUCACAACAUUCUUCUUGAUGAGAAUUUUACUCCCAAGGUUUCUGACUUUGGACUAGCAAAAUUGUAUCCAGUAAAUAAAAACAUUGUUUCUUUGACUGCUGCAAGAGGGACAUUAGGAUACAUGGCUCCUGAGUUGUUCUACAAAAACAUUGGAGGAGUUUCAUACAAAGCUGAUGUUUAUAGUUUUGGAAUGUUAUUGAUGGAAAUGGCUGGUAGAAGAAAGAACUUAAAUGCAUUUGCAGAACACUCAAGCCAAAUAUACUUCCCUACUUGGGUCUAUGACCAAUUGCACGACGGAAAUGACAUUGAAAUGGAAAAUGCCACAGAGGAGGAAAAGAAAAUAAGCAAGAAGAUGAUCAUUGUUGCAUUAUGGUGUAUACAAAUGAAGCCUAGUGAUCGCCCUUCAAUGAACAAAGUUGUGCACAUGCUUGAAGGAGAAGUUGAAUGCUUACAAAUGCCUUCCAAGCCUUUCCUAUCAUCACUAGAGAGUACCAUGACAAAUGGUGGUGAGAAUUUGAAUGAAUCAAAUGAAUCAAGUCAAUCAUCUCAAUUUUAAAUGCAAAUUAAAAUUUCUGUGUAACAAAUAAGAGUUUUUUUUUUUUUUUUUAAGAUAUAUCUCCUUAUUACAUAAUGUUUUCAUGUUCGAUUCUAUUUUCUCAUAAUUGACCAAUAAAAUUGGUUUUUAAGUUUGAGAAGUUA